AUGCCCUUACGCAAACAACCACAGCAACAAAACACCAAGAUGGGAUUAUUUAGAUCGUCAAAAGACAAGCGGACGACGCAAAAUCCACCAAACCCCCCUGUUGUCGAAACCGCAACUCCUUCCCCGUCAAAUGUCGACCAGCGACCUGCGAACUUGGAAAAAAGACCUUCGAAUGUGGAAAAUAGGCCUUCAAAUCUAUUAAAUAAUAACCAAAACAGCUACAAUGCUGAUUCCGCCUACUAUUCGGUGAGCAAUGCGUCUUCUGCAGAUGCUCGACCACAGCAGAACCAGCAACCACAAAACCACGGUCCGGCUCCGGGAACCACUGUCACAACCACAACCACCACCACCACUACAACGACCACGGUUGCGCCAGAUGGAACAACGCAUACAGUGUCAGGUCCUUAUAAUCCAACGACCGAUCCUCCACCAGAAAGUUCAGAAACGACUUUGAACAGCCAGAAACAAAAUGAGAUAGCGAAAGCAGUUGGCUCGUCGCAGGAGAGACCUCAACAUUUAUCGGUCAAUAACCAGCAGCCACAGUUUCAGCAAAAUCGACCAGGUCAACAGGAACAGCAGCAAGCGAACCAUGUCCCAAACUUCUCACGAGUGGCAUCCCCAAACAUCGCGAGAGUAGCAUCACCAAACAGCCAGCCAACAGGCCAAACACAACCACUAUCCUCACAUGCGCAGCCAUUGGGUUCUCAUCCCCAAGCACAAACCCAACCUCAGAACUACGGCCUCCCACCAGGAGACUACUCCCCCGAACAACCACCCCCACCAGUCCCCUACAAAGACCCAGACACCACACCCAUCCCGCGCCGCUCAGAACUGCGCUCGGGCUCGAAAUACGAAAUGGAAGAUACAUCACCUACACAACCACCCGUCUACCCGGAGCGAUCAUCUGCGCGUAACUCUCCGAUUAGAGAACAUUUCCCACCACCGCCUGGCCCACCGCCGAGUGUCUCACAGAAUCGUGCGUACGAUCCUCGCCAGAGCCAGGCGCAGAGUCAUGAUCAGACGGGGAACUAUACACAUACGCCUUCUGUGACGCCGAGUCCAGCAUACGGACAAGCGAACUCCACGUACGGGAAUGCAAAUCCUACAUAUGGCAACUCAACAACCAUAACAGGGAACACCCACCCAACAGACCCCUACACCCAACCCUCCCACCCAGAAGAAAGUGAGUACCCCACCGCUCUCUCCCCCCUCACAUCCCACCCGCCUCAGUCAACCAACCCCAUCUCCCCCGUCUCCCCCGUCCAAACCUCCAAUCCCCCCUUUCCAUCCUCCCCACAAACUCACACCACGCAAGCACGCCCCCACCUCGGCAUCUCCAACACCAUCCGCGGCAUCCGGGGCGCGAGCGAAGCGCUGCGCGGGACCGUGAACAUGGGGAUCGCGAAGACAACGCGGGAUCGCGAGGAGGAAGCGCGGAUGCGCGGGAUUCGGAAUGAGGGGAUGCAUGAUUUUAGGGAUAGUGGGUUGAGGGAGGGGUUUAGGACGAAGAGCGGGGAGCGGCAACGGGAGAGGAGGAGGAGUAGGGAUGGGACGGGCGCGGGGACGGGGGUUUAUGGGAGUGAAGGGCCUGGAGGGUUGGAUCCGGUGGAGGAGAGGAGUAUUAGGAGUUUGGAGAGUCGGUGA